CCACAACAGUCUCAGAAUUUAAAGUGUCGCAGUUGUUUGCGCCAGUUGUCCAUACAUAUAACAAUGUUGGGAAAUUUACAACAAUUUCAACCAUCGGAAAAUGGAAACAUCACGCUUUGCGAAGUGGAAGGCCGCAUACACUCGAUGCCCUACGAAUAUGCGAAUGUUUCGCAAUUCACAACAACGACUGAUAGACACCCAGUGGUACACAUCACAAGAGAACUGUUACAUCCUAAUAAAAUGAUGGAGGAUGGUAAAGAUCUUCUGCUUCCUGUACAGACAACAUUCCUAAAACAACUCACCCAAAUUUAUUGGGAACAAGGUUUCCGAGAAGCUGUAGAAACAGCUUCAACAUACAAUCAAAUUGUUAUUUCCAAAAGUGCUCUUGUGUUGUUAAACUUAAUGGACAAAGUUACUAAGUUUAAACUAUUAUUGAAUCCUGCAGCCACAAAAAGUAGCAAUGUUUUAAUUGAUGAAUAUGCACAAACCAAAAACUGGCAGAAUAGUCCCAUCAGAGCUAUUGCAUGGCAUCUUGAUAUUACAAAAAUUGCUGUUGCUGCUGCAGAUGAUGUUGUAAGAAUCUAUGGUUCAGAAAAUAAUUUGAUACCUAUUCUGAAAUGCAAACAACAGAAAAAUAUAACAUGUUUAGCAUGGAGACCAAUGAGCAAUGCUGAUAUUGCAGUUGCUUGUGAAUCAGGAAUCAUCAUCUGGAAUGUGGAUCCCAACUCAAUGGUAACACGUCCGUCCAUGAAUCAUGCGAUUAUUUUGCAGCGCAUUGAACAUACACCUGUUAUCAGCAUCAGCUGGAGUCCAAGAGGUGAUAUUUUAGCAUCUGUUGCAGCAAAUGAUUCAAAAAUCCUUCUUUGGGAUCCUGAAAUGGAUAGAACUAGUAGUUUAAAGCGGCCAGGAACAAUUGGGCAUAAUUUAUUGAGGUGGUCACCAGUUGGUGAUAAAUUAUUCGCCGCAACUUCGAUGUACGUUUUUCGUGUUUGGAACUGCGUUGAUUGGCAAGCAGAUAGGUGGAGUGUGCUCUGUGGUAGGGUACAAGCAUGCUGUUGGUCGCCAAAUGGAAAACAUCUACUGUUUACAACGAAUGAAGAGCCAAUUAUUUACUUGUUGUCUUUUGGAAAGACUAAUAUUAUGUUAAAUACUAAUAAUGCUACUGGAAAUGAAGCAAUUCCAUUGUUUGAUGUUAGCAAGGUGGAUUUAAACGGCGUUGUUAUUGGCGGCAGAGAGAGCAUGGAGUGGGAUGUAAAGGGAAAUCACGUUGCAGUUCUAUUUCAGGAUUGUAAUGUUAUUGUAGUCUUUAGUGUAAUUAUGGAACCUGUUUUACAAUUAUCUCCAGGGUUUGUGAUAAAUGGAAAUCCCGAGGAGACACCAACAACGAUACAAUUUCAAAAUAAUUUUGCCCACGGCGCGUGUUUAUCGAUUGGUUGGUCUUCUGGUCGGCUGCAACAUUUCCCAAUUGUUUAUUCUGAUAAAUUGCUACCAAAUAUUAGCCCGAAAAGGAAUUCCGGUGCAGCGUUUGCCUUGUCGACACCUAGUCGAUAUUACUCACCUUAGUUGAUAAUAUUUUAACACAUGAUGUAAAUUGUAAGUAUUUUUUGUACUGGUUAUAAUAGAUACUUUUGAUAUGGCUUUGUA